AUGUCUUUCCUUCAUAAUCAUUCGUGCGAGUGCGUUAAGUCAGAAUUGGAUUUGUUUGCACUACCGUCUACACAAACUAGCAUUGAAAAUGGAUUGUGGAUUCAUUAUAAACCAAUUUCAUCUCUUGGUGAUGAUGGACCUAUCGAGUUUCAAGUUCCUGGGACCGGCGAUGACUACAUAGAUUUGUCUCAUACAUUACUCCACAUAAAGGCAAAAGUAUUAAAUCAAGAUUCAACUAACUUGGUAUCUGCUACAAUAGUAGCACCUGUAAAUAAUUUGCUACAUUCACUUUUUAGUCAACUUGAUGUUUAUUUAAACCAAAAACUUGUAUCACCACCUAAUAAUACCUAUGCAUAUCGAGCAUACAUGGAAACCCUUUUAAACUAUGCCCCUGCUGCUAAACAAUCUCAUCUUACUUGUAGUCUUUGGUAUGAGGAUACAGCAGGAAAAAUGGAUUCUACAGAUGGUAAAAACAUAGGAUUUGUUAAAAGACAGGAAUUGAUUAGUGAAAGUAAGGAAAUAGAAAUGAUUGGUCAUCUUCACGGUGACAUUUUUAACCAAGAUAAAUUUUUAAUUAAUGGUGUUGAAAUGAGUGUUAAAUUGGUUCGAUCAAGAGAGAGUUUUAAUUUAAUUGUUGGGUCAAACGAUGUAAAGUUUAAAGUUUGCAUUACGGAUGCAACUCUUAUUGUUCGACGAGCACGAAUUAAUCCAAGUGUAUUACUCGCACAUCAAAAAGUUUUAGCUUCUACCACUGCUAAAUAUCCUAUUACUCGAGCUGAAGUAAAUGUUUUAACAAUUCCUUCGGGUGUUCAAGGAAAAACUCUUGAUAAUAUAUUUUUAGGACAGGUACCGAAAAGAUGUAUAAUUGGAUUUGUGAACAAUUCUGCAUUUAAUGGUUCCCUUACUAAAAAUCCAUUUAACUUUGAAAACUAUGGUAUUAAUUCUUUCAGCUUAUAUAUUGAUGGUCAACAAAUACCUUCAAAAGCUUUGCAACCAUCUUUUAAUAAUAGCAUAUUUACAUCAGCAUAUCAUACUCUAUUCUCGGGAACUGGUAUUCACUUUCUUAAUGAAGGAAAUGGAAUCUCUUGUGAACAGUAUGGCAAAGGUUACUGUCUAUUAGCAUUUGACUUAACUCCUGAUUUAUCAGCUAACUCAUCAACUCAUUGGAAUCUCAUAAAGCAUGGUAGUGUAAGAAUAGAAGUACGAUUUGAAUCCUCAUUAAUACAAACAAUUAACUGUAUAGUUUAUGCUGAGUUUGAUAAUAUUAUUGAGAUAGAUAAAAACAGAAAUGUUACUGUAGACUAUAGUAGUUAA